UUCCGGUUUCUUAUCUAUGGAAGAUCGAAGGUGUUGGAACUUGUAAAUAGAACUGUGAAGUGACUGAGCUUUAAGUUCAAACGGUCAUUGUCUUUAUUUAUGUCACCGUCUUGAUCUCUUGAUACAUAAAUUAAAACUAUGUUGAAAUUUAAAAGGACCAUCGAUGUUAAAAUAUUGAGAAUUUCUCGCAUCAGCUCCAGAACAAAAUACUCAUCCACUGACGACUACCAGUUCAUACAAAGGAGUAUCGUACCAACUCUCCAUUUCCAACAAUCUCUACCCCGUUUACCCAUUCCCGAGCUGCCUAAAACUUGCGACAGAUAUUUACAAUCGCUGAAACCAAUUCUCACCCAGGAUGAAUUCAAUAAUACGGAAAGUAUUGUGAAGAAAUUCCAAACCGAAGUAGGUGCUCAGCUGCAUAAAGAACUCAAAGAUCAAGAUGCCGAGAACAAAGAUACCAGUUACAUUUCCGAACCGUGGUUCCACAUGUAUUUGUGUGACAGAACACCUUUACCUAUCAAUUACAAUCCAGCUUUGAUUUUCGUCAACCAAGGAAGCAGCUUUUACGAUAAACAACUAAUUAAGACGUCGAAUUUGAUUAUUUCUUCGUUGAGAUUCUAUAAAUCGUUGAAAGAUAAUAUCUUAGAACCCGAAGUCUUCCAUUUGAAUCCGAAGAAAAGUGAUACGUUGAUGUUUCGUAGAAUAACAUCUAUGUUACCAUCGGCCAUUAGUUGGUACGGAGCGUAUUUAUUUAAUGCGUAUCCUUUAGAUAUGGUACAAUACUCUCACCUGUUCGGUAGUACUCGAAUUCCAGAACCUGGUAAAGAUCGACUAUUUCAUAGAGAUCAUCGUAAACACAUUGUUGUGUUGAGAAGAGGACAUUUUUACUCGGUUGAUGUACUGGAUGAUAGUGGACAUAUAUUGAGCCCAGAAGUGAUCCUAACUUCGAUUAAUGCGAUCUUAAGCGACGAUUCAGCUCCGGCGGAACACCCACUCGGUAUUUUAACUUCCACAGAACGAAAUAAAUGGGCUGAAACUCGUAAACAUUUAGAAAACAUCGGUAACGCCGCCUCACUCAAUGUAAUAGAUACUAGUUUAUUUGCUGUCGCUCUCGAUGAGCCAAUUUCCGAAAUACCUAAAGACAUUUGCAAAUGGUUUUUGCAUUCCGAUGGCAUCAACAGAUGGUUUGAUAAAUCCUUCACUCUCAUCUGCACCGGAAACGGAAUAGCUGGAUUGAAUUUCGAGCAUUCGUGGGGUGACGGUGUAGCUGUACUGAGGUAUUUUCAAGAUAUCCAUAAAGACACCAAAGAUAAACCCAAAGUUACCGAAAUAACGGAGACUGUUAGUUUACCAUCUGAAAGUCAUAGUCCGAGAAAACUGAAUUUUGUUAUCGAUGAUCGAAUCAAGAGAGAAGUCGAUCUAGCCAAGUUUUCCUAUAAAAAAGUCUGUGAUUCGUUGGAUCUGAACGAUGUUAUAUAUGAUAUUGGUAAAUCUCAAUGUAAGAAGUUCAAAGUUAGUCCUGAUGCAAUUAUGCAAUUAUCUUUCCAAUUAGCUUAUUACAAUUAUGCUAGAAAAACAGUCGCCACCUACGAAUCGUGUAGCACUGCUGCCUUCAAACACGGAAGGACUGAAACUAUAAGACCUUGUACUAUGGAAACCAAAAAAUUCUGCGAAGCUGUUACUGCCAAAAGCUUAAGUAACGAAGAGUUACGUAAGAUUAUCGACGAAUGUUCCAAAGCACAUGGAAAUUUAGUCAAAAAUGCAGCUAUGGGGCAAGGAUUCGACAGACAUCUCUUCGCUCUGAGAAAAUUGGCUGAGAAGAAGAGUUCGACGUUACCUUCAAUUUUUACUGAUCUGAGUUAUCAGAAAAUAAAUCAGAAUAUUUUAUCGACUUCGACAUUAUCAUCGGAAGUUGUUCUAGGAGGUGGUUUUGGUCCAGUUGUUCAAGAUGGUUUUGGCAUAGCAUAUAUGAUAAGAGAUGAUAGUUGUGGCGCUGUGGUAACUAAUUAUAAGGAUCAGACUGAUGGAUCUAAAUUCAAAUCAUGCCUUGAAGACGGUUUUAAAACAAUUCAAUCAGUAUUGAAGAAUAGUUAAUUGUAAAUUCGUCUCGUUAUUAUUUUCUUAAAUAUUAUUGUAGCUACGAUGUUUCGUUGGGUUUAUACGUUAGUAAUGAAGAUUUUUACCUAGUUUUUUAAUUUUAAUCGAAUCGAUCGGUGUUUUUAAAAAAAAUACCUGAUACUAAAUGCUUCCUAUUGAAUCAUUUUCAAAUUAAAUUUAAAAGUUUAUCAAUUUCUGUCACAGUAUAAUUUUUAUUUAUGAUGAUAAUGUUCAUUUCAAUAGGCAGAUUUUUGAAAGUAUUUUCGGUGCUGUAAUUUCUCAUUAUUUUUUUAAAAUGUUUUCUCAUUUAUGCUGCAACUCGUUCAACGAUUUUUUUAUUUUAUUUUUUUUUUAUCUUUUACAAAACUGAAUCCAGGGUGAUCUAUGUUGUGAUGUUUGAAAACUUUGUUAAUUAAUUUUAUUUUUUAUACCCUCCCCUUUUAUUUAUUUUCAAUAUUUGUUAUCAUGGUUUUUAUUUUAUAAAGGAAUGUGUACCUAUAUCAAAUCUAUCGGCGAAUAAAUUCGUGAAAUUAUC